CCAAGGCGGUCCUGGGUGCGAGGCGGGGACGCCCGCGCUCCAUCCGGCCCUGAGCUCCCGGCUGCUGCAGCGAGUGGCCAAGAAGGGCGGGUGAUAGGUGUCACUCACCGCAGGCAGGGGUGGCUGGAGCAUGCGUGAACGCAGGUGCCACGGGAUGGGCGGCCCCGCCCGCUGGAGGAGACUGUGGAGGUGGUGACCGGCCGAGUGGCCUGGCUGAGCACAGAGGGGCCCCAGCGCGCGCCCUCCAGGCCCUGGCUGACCCCGGUCGGAGCGGCUCCCGAGCCGGCCGGCCGGCGCCCCACCGCCCCGGCCCGGCCCUCAGGCUGCCAGGCAUGGCACCCACGGCCGACGCCCCGGACGGCAGCAGCGCGAACAGCUGCAGCACGGACAGGGGCGCCUGGUCGCAGGCGGCCACCAGCGCCUCCAUCUGCCUCAUCCUGGCGCUGGGCCUGCUGCUGAACGCCCUGGCGCUCUGGGUGUUCUGCUGCCGCCUGCGCCGCUGGACGGAGGCCCGUGUCUACAUGGUCAACCUGGCCGCGGCCGACUGCCUGCUGCUGCUGAGCCUGCCGGGGGUCCUGCACACGCUGGGCCAGCCGCCGGGGGCCCGGGAGGGCGCCCUGUGCAGGGUCCUGCAGGGCUUCUACUACGUCAACACCUACAUGAGCAUGUGGCUGCUCGCCGCCAUUGCUGCCGACCGCUACGCCGCCCUGCGGUUCCCGCUGCGGGCCCGGGCCUGGCGCAGCCCCCGGCAGGCCGCCCUCGCCUGCGCGGCCCUCUGGGUGCUGGUGGUCGGGGCCGUGGCGCUGCCCGUGGCCUGGCUGGGCCCCGGGGAGAGCUUCUGCUUUGGGAGGGGCCGCACGCGGGGCCCCAGGGCCCUGGUCCUCUCCCUGCUGCUCUUCGUCCUCCCGCUGGGCGUCCUGAGCUUCUGCUCCGGCCAGGUGCUCCGGCACCUCCUCCGCGAGUGGGCGCGGGCGCAGCCCCAGGCCGCCGCCCCCAUCCUCAAGGCCCUCUGCGUGGUGACCGCCAACCUGGCCACCUUCCUGCUCUGCUUCGUCCCGCUGCACGUGGCCUUGCUGGCCAAGCUUGUGACCCAGUGGACGGGCGCGGCCUGCCCCACCGUCCAGCGGGUGGCGGCCUUCGUGCAGGUGGCCUCCCGCAUCGCCAACGCCAACUGCUGCCUGGACGCCGUGUGCUACUACUUCGUGGCCGCGGAGUUCCAGGAGGAGGUGGGGGCUGUGCUCGCCAGGCCCUGGCCUUUUGCGGGGAGGGUGGCGGGUGCUGCUGCGUGUGGCCCCCCUGACCUGGGCGCCCAGGAGAGGGCCGUGGGAGGGGUUCCCCCGGAGCUGCCCUCUCCCCACGGCCACCGCGUCUGCGAGAAGCAGCCGCCCCCGGCGCAGCGGGACGAGGCCCCGCCUCCGGCCGUGGGUCCUGGGCCGGCUUCCCCUCCACGGGCGGGGCCCGACCCCAAUGUUGAGGGGCUGUGACCACGUGGGUCGUUCUCCUCCACGGUCGGCCUCUCCUUUGUCCCCCCUCAAGCUCGACAGCACAGAGUGACCCCUGUUUACUCCGGGGGACCCCCCAGCGCCGGACGUCCUGGGGAGGGUGUCACCGAAAAACGAGCCCCCGCCUCGCCCGUCACCCGCGUCCCGACCCGACACCGACGCUCAGGGCCUCCGACGCCUGCUCAGCCCCGGGCCGGCGGGGCGCCCCCUCCCCCCAGGCUGGGCCCCGUUUAAGGAGACACGGCCACC